AUUUCCUGUGGUUGUCGGUAGGAAUCGGCAGUGAAUGAAAUUGAGAAAGUAUGAAGCUGCGGCUGAGGAACCACGAGACGAGAGAGACUCUCAAGUGCGAAUUUCUCGAGACGUGCUCUCUCCACGAUCUCCGGAGAAGGAUCGAUGCAUCGUCUCCCUCCUCCGUUCACAUCUCGCUCAAUCGUAAGGACGAGCUCGUUUCAUCUUCGCCGGAUGAUACGCUCCGGUCCCUUGGCUUGACAUCCGGUGACCUCGUCUAUUAUGCUCUCGAGCCCUCGGUUUUUCACGCAUCGUCUCAGGAUGUUGAAUUGGCAUCGUCAACGGAGGCGCAACAGAGCCCAGUUCGGGGUUUCGAAGAUUCGGCAGGGAAAUUGGAAGAACAAGAGACCCUGUUUCGAGAUUUGGGAACGAAGCGGGAGAUUGGAAGUGGUUCGACGGGUAUUGGAUCUGGAGAUCUCAGUGGUGUUCCGGAAAACCCCGAUAUGAAUAUUGAUAUCCAAAAACAAGCGAACACCGAUCUGAAUUUCGGCGUAGAAGAGCCUAUCGAAGGGUCGACGGGGGCGAUCUCGGGUACGGAGGGACAUGAGCUUAUGGAUGUCGAGUUUGACGGUGCGGAUUACGCUGAUUCGAAAAGGUUAAGCGAGCCGUUUUUCUUGAAAAAGGUAUUAAUAGAGGAAUGUACUGAUAAGAGUGAAGCGAUGAUCUUGGUUAUGGCUGUUCAUGCCGUCAUGUUAGAGUCUCGCUUUGUGCUUUUGGAUCCUACUUCACGUGUCUGGGCUGAUAAGUUUACUUUUUUCAAGGAGACGAUGAGUUCGAUAUCCCUCAUUUAUACUCUGCCUGAGCUUAUAACCCGUAACCAUUCGAAUGAAACUGUCAGCUUGAAGUUUCAGAGCUUAGGCCCCAUGCUUGUAGUUUAUGGGUCUCUGGGUGGGACAAGUUCGCAUAGGGUGUGUCUUGAUAGCCGUAGGUUUGUCCCGACCAUAGAUUUGGUCAUGGAUACUAUGAAGUCUGACAAAGAAGGGUCUUCAAGCAUGUAUCGGGAGGUGUUUGAGUUCUGGAGAAUGGUAAAAGAUGGUGUCGCUAUGCCGUUGUUGAUUGGUCUUUGCGAUAUGUGUGGCUUGGAACUUCCGCCUUGCUUGAUGCGGCUCCCCACGGAUAUAAAGAUCAAGAUACUAGAGUCACUUCCUGGUGUCGAUGUUGCGAGGUUGGCUUGUGUUUGUUCAGAUAUGCGGUAUGUGACUUCAAACAAUAAUCUGUGGAAGCAGAAAUGUUUGGAAGAGUAUGGGGAUCUUGUAAACAAAGAAGAAGAUGCGGUCAGCUGGAAAGCCAAGUUUGCUGCUUACCGGGAAAACGAUAGAAGGCGUAACAACAUACUAGUGUGUCGGAGAAUGAGGCCAAAUUUUUGGAGGCUACCUCAGAUCCGGCAAGACCCUUUUCCAAUGGGGUUUCCUCCAGUCACAUGGUAUGAUAGAGAGAGAGAUCGCCUGCCUGCAGGCCACCCUUUUCAGCUCGGACAGCGAGGGCCGGGGCUUGGUCAGCUCAGGGGACGGAAUUUGUCUCCCAGAUGCAACCUUGGAGGGCUCAACUAGCCAGUCUUUUCUGGAGGACUCAACCUGUGUGGGUGGUGACCUAGCUAUGUCUCUCGUUUGUGUUUUUGGGUGAAUCAUGCUCCUCGGUACAUGUCUUGACAAUGCUUUCUUGGGUCUGUAUCCUUCCUUCCUUCAUCUGUUUUGGCUGAUGUUUCUUUUUAAGGUUUCUGUAAAGGUUGCAGAUUAGGGCGUAGGCUCUAUUAGUUUCAGUUUUAUGGCCUUUGUGAAAGAAAAAUACACGAGAUUGCUGCCUACAAAGCUUAGCACUGGAGUUGAGCGGGUAGUUUUGGAGCACAA